ACGUGUGCACAGCUCGGCCACCUCCUCCUGCUGGGGGCAAAGGGCAGGCAGCUUGCUGCCGGGCGCUGGAGCUUGCGGACUUCUGGCCAUGGCAGAAGCUGAGUGGGAGUCGCUAGAGCACUGCUUAGAAAAGCAUAUUCCGCCUGCAGAGUUGCGAGAGGUGAAGCGCGUUCUCUAUGGAAAGGAGACCAGGAAGCUUAAUCUGCCCAGCAGAGCUUUCGAGGCCGCCUCCAAGGAAGACUUUGAACUGCAGGGAUAUGCCUUUGAGGCAGCCGAGGAGCAGCUGAGACCACCCUGCAUCACGCGAGUGGGGCUAGUUCAGAACAGAACACCCCUCCCUGCAGACACCCCGGUGGCAGAACAGGUCUCCGCCCUUCACAGACGCAUAGAGGCCAUUGUCGAGGUGGCUGCAGCAUGCGGAGUCAACAUCAUCUGUUUCCAGGAAGCGUGGACUAUGCCCUUCGCCUUCUGCACGAGAGAGAAGCUCCCCUGGACAGAAUUUGCCGAGUCCGCGGAGGACGGGCCCACCACCAGAUUCUGUCAGAAGCUGGCAAAGAAGCAUGACAUGGUGGUAGUGUCCCCCAUCCUCGAACGCGACGAAGAGCAUGGGGAUGUUUUGUGGAACACAGCCAUGGUGAUCUCUAAUUCUGGAGCAGUCCUGGGAAAGACCAGGAAGAACCACAUUCCCAGAGUGGGUGACUUCAAUGAGUCAACUUACUACAUGGAGGGGAACCUAGGCCACCCCGUGUUCCAGACGCCAUUUGGAAGGAUCGCUGUGAACAUUUGUUACGGGCGGCAUCACCCUCUCAACUGGCUCAUGUACAGCAUCAACGGGGCUGAGAUCAUCUUCAACCCAUCGGCCACCAUCGGAGCACUCAGUGAGUCCCUAUGGCCUGUCGAGGCCAGAAACGCAGCCAUUGCCAACCAUUGCUUCACCUGUGCCAUCAACCGCGUGGGCAGGGAACUCUUCCCAAAUGAGUUUACGUCUGGAGACGGAAAGAAAGCUCACCAGGACUUUGGCUACUUCUAUGGCUCAAGCUACGUGUCAGCCCCUGAUGGCAGCCGGACUCCUGGGCUAUCACGUAGCCAGGAUGGGCUGCUGGUUGCUGAACUCAACCUCAACCUCUGCCGCCAGAUGAAUGACAUCUGGAACUUCAAGAUGACUGGCAGGUUUGAGAUGUAUGCGCGGGAGCUCGCUGAAGCUGUCAAACCCAGCUACACCCCGACCAUCAUCAAGGAGUAGCUGGCUUCUGCCCUUGUCUGCCUUGGGGUGAAGAGAUCCCUUUGCGCCCAGUGGGUUGGCAAACAUGGGAGGUUUAACACGUCUAAGUUGUACCUGAUAACGUUGUUGCCCCGAUUGGUUUCAAAAUGCUGCAGGGAUGGGGAAGGUGGGAUGGGGAAGUCACUACUUAAGGAGUACAGGGUGUACUUCAAGGGUGUCAGAAGUGUUUGGGGACUAGAUAAAGAUGAUAAACACUGCAAAUGUACCGAGUGCCACUGAUUUGUAUAAUUUAAAAUGUUAAAUUUCAUGUGUGAAUUUUACCUCAAUUUUUUUUUUUUAGACAGAGUCUCACUUUGUUACCCUUAGUAGAGUGCUGUGGCAUCACAACUCACAGCAACCUCCAGCUCUUGGGCUUCACAACUCACAGCAACCUCCAGCUCUUGGGCUUAGGGGAUUCUCUUGCCUCAGCCUCCUGAGUAGCUGGGACUACAGGUGCCCAUCACAAUGCCUGGCUAUUUUUUGUUGCUGUUUGGCUGGAGCUGGGUUUGAACCCACCACCUUCGGUGUAUGGGGCCAGCGCCCUACCCACUGAGCCACAGUUGCUGCCAAGGAGUAGAAUCUUAAAGAUGAGUUUUCUGCAUGUUUAUGGAUCUUCUGGAAUGCUUUACUUUGAUUAAACUUAAAGGCACUAAUGAUUCAAUCUUUUCUUUUUUUUUUUUUUUAGACAGUCUCAUUUUGAUGCUCUCGGUAGAGUGCUGUGGCAUCACAACUCACAGCAACAUCAAACUCUUCAGCUCAAGUGAUUCUCUUGCCUCAGCCUCCCAUAUAACUGGGACUACAGGUGCCCGCCACAAUGCUCAGCUAUUUUGAGAGACAAGGUCUCACUCUGGCUCAGGCUGGUCUCCAACCUGUGAGUGCAGGCAAUCCGCCCGCCUCGGCAUCCCAGAGUGCUAGGAUUACAGGCAUGAGCCACCGCACUCGGCUUUCUUUUUAUUUAUUUAUUUAUUUUUUUUUUGAGAGAGACUCACCUGUCUCCCGGACUAGAGUGCUGGGAUGUCACAGCAACCUCAGAUUCCCGGGAUUAAGUGAUCCUCCUGCCUCAGCCUCCUGAGUAGCUAAGACCACAGGUGCCUACCACAACGCCUGGCUAGUUUUUCUAUUUUUAGUAGAGAUAAGGUCUUGCCCUUGCUCAGGCUAGUCUCAGACUCCUGAACUCAGGCUAUCCACAUGCCUACGCCUCCCAGAGUGCUAGGGUUACAGGGAUGAGCCACCUCGCCCAGCCUAAUGACUGGAUUUUUCACAGAGCCAGGCUGAAGAGGGAAGAGAUAGCCCAUGGCGGGUUGUGGCAGUAUUAAUUUACACUCAGGGCAGGCCCUCAGCCGAUGCCCACAAGUUCCUGCCUGCCUGUCCUGAUGCUCCCCUGCUCUGCGGGUUUCAGAAUUGCCUGUCCUGCCCCCAUCAUCUCAGAGGGCAGUUCCUUGCACUGAAUCUCUCCAUAUCGUUACAUCUUUAUAUCCAUCUAUCCCCAACUGGUUCUGCUUCCAUAAUUGAGCCCUGACUUACACAUCAGGUUGCUCUCUGCACCUCUAUUUCUACCUCUAUAAAAUGGGACCAUGUUUGCUGUCCUGCUUUACGUCAGGACACAGCCCUCACACCCACCACAUCUCAAACAGCAGUUGCCCAGAGUGUUGAGAGGACAUGGGAAGGGGUCCACAUCCUGCAGUGCCAGUCAGAGAGGGCAGCCUCAUCCCUUCACUGGCCCCGCAGCUGAAUUCACAUCGGGGCUUUGGGGCUUCUGGACAGCAACCUGGGAGUUGGAUUUUUCCUGCCUAGCCGUCACUCUGUGGCACCUCCCUGAAUCUCGCUUUGCUGAAGUUCGCACUUUACCUUCUUGUGCCUUACUUUUUCAUAGGAUCUAGUCCAGCAGAUGUGGCCCCUCAGAGUCUAAAAACCUUACUUCCUGUCAUUUCUAGAAAAAUGGUAUAGUCAGCCCCAUACAAGGGCCAGCUUAGCUGACAAGUUGGUGCAUUUAUGGAAUAGGCACAGAUCAAUGCAUUUGGCAUUUGAUUAUCCAUACCGCUCGUUGGUUGGAAAGAGCGCAGCCAGGCCCAUCUUAGAGUGGGCAAAGCCCUGCUCCGACGAGAUCAUCGCAGGCUUUAAGUAAUGGCUGAAACAUGUUACAGGGUAGGCUCAGCACCUGUGGCUCAAGUGGCUAAGGCAUCAGCCACAAACACCUGAGCUGGUGGGUUCAAAUCCAGCCCUGGCCUGUCAAAACAACAAUGACGGCUGCAACCAAAAAAUAGCCAGGCGUUGUGGCGGGCGCCUGUAGUCCCAGCUACUUGGGAGGCAGAGGCAGGAGAAUCGCUUGAGCCCAGGAAUUUGAGGUUGCUGUGAGCGGUGAUGCCACAGCACUCUAUCCAGGGCAACAGAUUGAGGCUCUGUUUCAAAAAAAAAAACAAACAACCAUGCAGGGUAAAUGAUAUGUAAGCAUUAGUUUGUUUUUAGUUUUUUUGUCUUGUUUAAUUUUGAAACAGAGCCUCAUUCUGUCACCAUGGCUAGAGUACAGUGGCAUCAACAUAGCUUACAGUAGCCUCAAACUCCUGGGCUCAAGUGAUCCUCCUGCCUCAGCCUCCUCAGUGGCUGGGACUACAGGCGCACACCUACUAUGCCUAGCUAAUUUGGGGGGUAUUUUAUUAGGGAUGGGCCUUGCCAGCGUGGGGAACCUGUAACCUUCUGUUUGCUUGACUACAGCCUUUUGAGCCUCUAAAAUCCAAAUUUUAGAGAACAAAUCUUUUUGUUUGUUUUGAGACAGAGCCUUGCUCUGUCACCCGGGCUACAGUGUUAUGCCUAGCUCAUAGCGACUUCAAAACUGCUGGCUCAAGUGAUUCUCCAGCUUCAGCCUUCUAAUUAGCUGGGACUAUAGGCACCCACUAUAACACCCAGCUAAUUUUUUCCAUUUUUCAGUAGAGACAGGGUCUUGUUCUUGCUCUGGCUUCAGAACAAAUUCUUUUUUUGAGACAGUCUCAAACUAUUGCCCUGAACAGAGUGCCAUGGUGCCACAGCUCAUAGCAACCUCAAACUCCUGGGCUCAAGCGAUUCUCUUGCCUCAGCCUCCCAAGUAGCUGGGACCACAGGCACCCACCACAAAACCCAGGCUAUUUUUUUGUUGUUGCAGUUUUUAGAUGGCCCGGACUGGGUUCAAACCCACCAGCCUGGAUGUAUGUGGCUGGUGCCCUACCCACUGAGCAACUGGCGCUGCCCCAGAAAAAAAUUCUUUCAAUGUGGGGAUUUGUUCUGUGAAGUCUGAAUUUUGUUGAAAAGCCUGACUUGGGGACUUGGAGAGCCACUGUGGCCAAACUGCAGUGUGCCCAAAAGGAAAAAAGGACUACGGCAUUCUCAAGGAGAGACCAUAUGUUGGACAAUAAAACAGGUCCCAAUCUAUUUAAAAAGAUUAAAAUCUGGGCGGUGCCUGUGGCUCAAAGGGGUAGGGUGCUGGCACCAUAUGCUGGAGGUGGUGGGUUCAAUCCCAGCCUUGGCCAAAAACUGCAAAAAAAAAAAAAAAAGAUUAAAAUCAUGCAAAGUAUAUUUUCUUUUUUUUUUUGGAGACAGAGUUUCACUUUAUCACCCUCGGUACAGUGCCAUGGCAUCACAGCUCACAGCAACCUCCAACUCCUGGGUUUAGGCAAUUCUUUUGCCUCAGCCUCCCAAGGGACUACAGGCGCCCGCCACAACACCCAGCUAUUUUUUUGUUGCAAUUUUGCUGGGGCUGGGUUUGAACCCACCACCCUCGGUAUAUGGGGCCGGCGCCCUACUCACUGAGCCACAGGCACCGCCCUAGCAAAGUAUAUUUUCCCAUCACAGUGAAAUGAAAGUAAAAUUCAACAGCAAAAGGAAAACUGGAAAAUUGUGAAGUAGGCUUGGCGCCCGUAGCUCAGUGAGUAGGGCGCCGACCACAUAGAGCGAAGCUGGUGGGUUUAAGCCCAGCCUGGGCCUGCCAAGCAACAAUGACAACUGCAACCAAAAAAUAGCCAGGCAUUUUGGUCGGUGCCUGUAGUCCCGGCUACUUGGGAGGCUGAGGCAAGAGAAUCGCUGAAGUCCAAGAGCCGGAGGUUGCUGGGAGCUGUGACACCAUGGCACUCUACCCAGGGCGACAUAGUGAGACUCUGUCUCAAAAAGAAAAACUAUGUGGAAGUUAAAGACGACAAGCUUAAACAACCACGUGAGUCAAAGGCCAGGUGCAAUGGUUCAAAACUAUAAUCCCAGCCCUCUGGGAGGCUGAGGUGGGUGCACUGCUUGACUGCAGGGAGUUCAAGACCAGCUUGAGCAAGAGAGAGACACUGUCUCUGCUAAAAAUAGAAAAAACUAGCCAAGUGUUCUGGCAGGUGUCUGUAGUUCCAGCUACGCAGGAGGCUGAGGCAGAGGGAUCACUUGGGCCCAGGAGCAUUUCUUUAAUUUUUUUAUUGAGACAGAGUCUCACUUUGUCACCCUCAGUAGAGGGUCAUGGUGUCACAGCUCGCAGAAACCUCAAACUCUUGAGUUCAACUGGCAAUCCACCCACCUCAACCUCCCAGAGCCACCGCAUCCGGCCUGGGCCCAGGAGCUUGAGGUUGCCAUGAGCUGGACUGACACCAGGGCAUCUAGCCUGGGGCAAUACAGUAAUCUUCUGUCUCAAAAAGAAAAAAAAAAAUCACCAAGGAAGUUAGAAAAUAUUUGAGACAUAUGAAAACAGUAACACUGUAUACCAAACUUAUGAGAUGCAGCAGAGGCAGCCCUAAGAGAGAAAUUUAUAGUUGUAAAUACUUCCAUUAAUAAAGAAAAAAGUGGGUGGUGCCUGUAGCUCAAAGAGGUAGGGCGUCGGCCCCAUAUGCCGGAGGUGAUGGGUUGAAACCCAGCCCCGGCCAAAAACUGCAAAAAAUAAAUAAAUAAAUAAAUAAAAUAAAAUAAAUAAAAUAAAUAAAUAAAAAUAAAAAAGUUCUCAAUCCAAUAACCAAACUUUAGAGUGCAUGAAGGAACUAAAAAGAAGAGGAAACACACCCCAAAACUAGCAGAAGGAAGCAAAUGGUAGUAAAGAUUACAGCACAGAUAAAUAAAAUGCAGAAAAACAGUAAAGGAAACCCGUGAAACCAAAGAAGGGGAACAAAAUUGACAACCCUUAGCUAGACUAAUUAAGAAAAAAAAAAAGACUCAUAUUACUAAAAUCAGAAAUGAAAGUGGGAGGGCCAGAUGCUGCUGGCUCACUCCUGUAAUCCCAGCACUCUAGAGGCCAAGGUGGGUGGAUUAUUUGAGUUCAGGCGUUAAAGACCAGGCUGAGCAAGAGCCAUACCCCAGCUCUAAAAAUAGCCAGGUGGAGGCCACAUACACCAAGGCUGGCGGGUUCAAAUCCGGCCUGGGUCAGCUAAACAACGACAGCUACAAAAAAAAAAUAGCCGGGUGUUGUGGCAGGCAUCUGUAGUCCCAGCUACUCAGGAGGCUGAGGCAAGAAAAUCGCGAGAGCCCAAGGAUUUGAGGUUGCUAUGAGCUAUGACAGCAUGGUACUCUACCAAGGCUGACAAAGUCAGACUCUGUCUCAAAAAAAAGGCGGGGGGAGCACCUGUGGCUCAAAGGAGUAGAGCGCUGGCCCUAUAUGCCGGAGGUGGCAGGUUCAAACCCGGCCCUGGCCAAAAACUGCAGGAAAAAAAAAAUGUGGGGGUCGCUUUCUUUUACAACUGAAUUAUAAGAGUUCUAAGAAUACUGUGGACACUUGUACACAACAAACUUGGAUAGCCUAGGUUUAAUGGGCAAGUUUCUAGAAACACAAAACCUACCAAAAUUGAGUUAUGAAGUUUUUUUUUUGUUUGUUUUAAGAGACAGGGUCUUGCUCUGUCAUCCAGGCUGGAAUGCAAUGGUAUGAUAAUACCUCACUGCAGCCCUGAGCUCCUGGCCUCAAAAGAUUCUCUCACCCUGGCCUCCCAAAGUACUGGGACUACAGGCACAAGCCACUAUGCCCAGCCUAAUUAAUUAAGAAAUAUUAAAAAGCAUUGGGCGGCGCCUGUGGCUCAGUCGGUUAGGCGCCGGCCCCAUAUACUGAGGGUGACGGGUUCAAGCCCGGCCCCGGCCAAACUGCAACCAAAAAAUAGCCGGGUGUUGUGGCGGGUGCCUGUAGUCCCAGCUACUUGGGAGGCUGAGGCAGGAGAAUCGCUUAAGCCCAGGAGUUGGAGGUUGCUGUGAGCUGUGUGAGGCCACGGCACUCUACCAAGGGCCAUAAAGUGAGACUCUGUCUCUACCAAAAAAAAAAAAACUAUUAAAGAGCAUGAACAUCAUAUCAGAAACUGUGAAGAGUUGGAGAUUUUAUCCUAUUUGCAAAUUGACAAGUUAGCCUACUACAGUUCCGUGAAUGUUUGCAGAAGACAUGGCACUCUUGGGUUAGAGGACGCUUUAUUACAGCAAUAGCAGUAGCCAGAGUACCAGCAUUUCCUUACAGGAUUUUCCAGAGAGCCACACGAGGACGACCGAGUGAAUCCUAAACCUGCCGUGGUGAGACCUGAGGAAAGGAAGAGGAAGAGAGCUUAGAGAAUUCUCAUCUUUUAUACCAGAGGGUUGAUGAUAUGCCUUCCCUUUGCACUACUGAAAGGAGGCAUUAUCUCAAUCCACCAAAGUCACAAGAACACCUGUCCUUUAUACCUCUGUCUCCCCAGGCCAUUUGCUAUACCAGCUUCCUUGAAAACAUAAUCCCAAACAGAGGCAUUCAUAGUUUUAGCUCACAAGACACACAAACAGAUGCCCACAGAGAAUUAACUCCCAGCAAUAUCCACCCCUCAGUUUUAUACGGUCUUAGCUUCUGGAAAUUUUCCCAUGAGUGUGCUACUUUAUUUUAUAUUUUAUUUUUAAUUUGAUUUUUUUUUUUUUUUUUUUUUUUUUAGUUUUUUAGCCAGGCGAGGUGGCUUACAGCUGUAACCCUAGCACUCUGGGAGGCCACGGCGGGUGGAUCACUUGAGCUUAGGUGAAGGGGCACAGUCCACUGCACCCUUGUAAGGUGAAUCAGUCUCAUUUGUGCUCCUUGAGGCAACGAGGCUCUGAGAAAGAACAUUUCCAGUACUUGGGCUGCAGUCACGUCUUAGAGGAAAGAAAAUGCUGGAGACCCUUGCCAAGUUGUAGCUGGAGACAGAUCAUUUGCCUGGGGCAAUGGACCAUUGCACUUAAUCCCCUACCUCUAUUUACACAAAAACUUUCAGUCAUAUAGGAAAGUAGGCAAAUAGAACAGACAACCCAGCCCUUUGUGGUUCAUCUCCAUUGUUGUUUAUCUCCAAACAAGAUAUUCUUGGUUUAGAAAGGUGUGUACGCACUUUGCUAUAUUCAUGCUGAUAAGGAAUCUUUACCUUUUGUCUUCCUUGUUCUUGGAUUAUUUUUAUCUGAUGAGUUUGGCUAUAUAAGAAAGUGGAUAAAGACAGCUGAUUGCUGCUGUGCCCGAGCGAGCACCAGCCAUCCCUUAAUAAAUCAUUCAUUUCGUC